CACAGUAGUAAACUCCUACAGCACAGACACAGAGAGGGGACACGAGAAAGAGAAAAAAGGGUCCUCAAAGUUUUGCUCUUUUUCUCUGUUCUCCAUUUCUUCUAAAUAUGCAUAAUAUAUAUUUGAUAAUUACAACCUAAAAAGAUUCCACGAGAAAGCUGAAAAUUUACAAAAAAAAAAAGUUGUCACUGUCCGGAAAGAGACCCUAUCUGUGCACUGUACCAGUGCAUGCCUUCUUCAACUUAGUUGCUCUUCAGUCUCAACGGAGGGAUAUCUUCACGACAUUGAAGCAUCAUAUUUCAAGCUUGACCAGAUUUUGCAAAUUGCUUUGGGGUUUAACUCAUAAGGAGAGGACCUUUAUUUAUUUGUACGAAAUGCUCUCCCUGGAAUGAUAAUUGGAGAUAGUUGGGGCCUUGACAUUGUAUGAACAGUCUUUUUUUUUAAAAUCCCUGAGGGUUUUAAGAUAAAAACUGGGUUUUGCCUUAUACAUUGAAGAUGGGUGUUUCUCUUUUCAACUUUCUAUAAGUACUGAAGCUUUUUUUUUUCUGAAGUUUAUGGGCUUUAAGAUACUCCUGUCCCUAAAGAAGAAAAUAUUGUUAUCUUUUUAGUACUUAUUGGUGUUGCCACAAUCUACAGAGGGUUUGGUUUUUAUAUCUGUAUUUAAUCAAUGUCGGAAAAGAGCAGGCUGUCGUCAAGGUUUAUUUUUUAUUUAAUAACCAUUUCCAUGUUCCUUUUGAUUUUUUCUUCUAUCUUUCUUCUUCAAUUUAGCAAUUCUUCUUUCACACCCAGGUCCGUUUUUAAGCUAAUUCUUGUUAAUAGUACCUCAUUUUACUUAAAGCCCAAUGUGAUUAGAGAAGAGUUUGAAGUUCCUUUACUUUCCUCUGAGAUGUCACAAGUUGAUGCCACAAACCCCAUCAUGAGGAAAGAGCCACCUUGCCCAAUUUCGAAUUCUAGAAAUAAAACUACUUCUUUCAGAAGUAAGAAAACGAUGGCCUGUGACCCACCUCAGGCCCGCCUAAGAGUGUUUAUGUAUGACUUGCCUCCUGAGUUUCACUUUGGUUUAUUGGAUUGGAAAGGGAAGGGGAAUCAAACUUGGCCUGAUGUCCAAAACCCGAGUCGAAUCCCAUCUUACCCUGGUGGGUUGAAUCUACAGCACAGCAUGGAAUACUGGCUCACCCUUGAUCUUUUAUCAUCCAAUGUUGGAACAAUGGUCAGGCCUUGCACUGCAAUCAGAGUGAAGAAAUCAAGUCAAGCAGAUGUUAUCUUUGUCCCAUUCUUCUCAUCUCUGAGUUACAACCGGCAUUCCAAGCUUCAUGGGAAGGAAAAAGUUAGUGUCAACAAGAAGUUGCAGGAGAAGCUGGUUCAGUUUUUGAUGAGUCACGAUGAAUGGAACCGGCAGGGUGGGAAAAAUCACCUAAUAGUUGCUCACCAUCCAAAUAGCAUGUUAGAUGCAAGAAGGAAGUUAGGUUCUGCUAUGUUUGUGCUUGCAGAUUUUGGAAGAUACCCGGUUGAAAUAGCAAAUCUUGACAAGGAUAUAAUCGCUCCUUACAGACAUCUGGUGGGAACUGUUCCCAUCAAUGAAUCAGCCUCGUUUUCAGAACGUCCUAUAUUAGCUCACUUUCGGGGAGCUAUUUACAGAAAAGAUGGAGGAGUUAUUCGCCAAGAACUUUUUUAUCUUCUCAAAGACGAAAUGAAUGUACACUUCAGUUUUGGUAACAUCAAAGGGAAUGGUGUCAGCCAGGCAGGCCAGGAAAUGGCCACCUCAAAGUUUUGCUUACAUAUUGCCGGUGACACACCUUCUUCGAACAGGCUGUUUGAUGCCAUUGCUAGUCAUUGUGUUCCUGUGAUAAUUAGUGACCAAAUUGAGCUACCCUUUGAAGAUGUGUUGGACUACUCGAAGUUUUGCAUAUUUGUUUCAGCACCUGAUGCUAUUAAGAAGGGAUACCUACUGAAUCUUCUUAGGGGAAUCAAUGAAGAAAAGUGGACCAAGAUGUGGAAAAGAUUGAAGGAAAUCGUACAUUUCUUCGAAUAUCAGUAUCCAUCCCAUUCUGGAGAUGCUGUGGAUAUGAUUUGGGAGGCAGUGUCACGAAAGAUAUCUUCUAUACAAUUUAAUCGACACAAGAACAACAGAUACAAGAGAUCUCAGCCUCAGCCAUAAGCACAAACCUGUAAUCAUGGUCUCUCUUGAAAGUUUUUGAAUCAUCUCUUGGACUAGCAGCAGCUGAACAUCAUCAGGCUUUUUGUGUUUGCUGAACUAAGGUUUAUUAGAUAGACAGAAAGAGAAAUAUGCCUGAGUUGAAUUAUCUGUAUGGUUUCUUUUUUGGAAUGAUUUUCAUUUUUUUUCUGUAUAACCACCUACAGUACUGAUUUAGUUGUACCUUCUAUUAAUUUAAAGCUAAAUUCUUUGCAUUUGUUUA